AUGUCUCUGAAGAAGAAGGAGAAGGAGAAGGGGAAGGAGAAGGAGAAGGGGAAGGAGAAGGAGAAGGGGAAGGAGGAGGAGGAGAAGGAGAAGGAGAAGAAGAAGAAGAAGAAGAAGAAGAAGAAGAAGAAGAAGAAGAAGAAGAAGAAGAAGAAGAAGAAGAAGAAGAAGAAGAAGACGUCUCAGUCGACGUGGGAGAAGGACCAGACUGAGCGAUCGGCGCAAAGGAGAUAUGAGGGAAGUGGAAAUUCAAGUGAAAGGUAA